UUGAGGAGCGUGCUCGCUAUUGGUUCCAGGGGUUUAAAACUAUAAGUGCAGUGUCUAAAGAAAAAAGUCAGAAAAUUAUUACGAUGAAUGACAAGCGAUAAAUCAGGAAUUUACAAUUCAUCACUUCUUGUCAAACUCGAGCACGGUUUGAGAGCAAAUUGAAACGCUUAAGUUUUUACCGAAAAUUUAUUAUAAUGUUUAAUAGCUCCAGCCAUUUUGUAUGGAUAUAAGUCUGCACGUGAAGCAGACGAACUUUGACGUAUGAAGUAGUGUUGAAAUUGACAAUCUUUGCAGAAAGGAUUUUCGCCGCUUUUCUGCCACAUGGGAAAAUAUACUUUUCGAUUUUAAGAUGAAAAGAUUUCUAAUUCGUUGGCAAACAAUUUCAACGACAAAAGGAAAUAUAUAUAUUUCAUGAUCAUUUAAAGGAGAGAAAUCUAUCCCCUAGGUGUAUAUGUAUAGAGGAGGAAUGAAAAAAUCAAUUUCAUUUUUUGUUUGAUCACAGACGAGCGUGGAUGAAAAGAAGAGAGCAUCUAGAUUUCCAGAAACGCCUCCUAUAUAAUUAAGGCCUUUCUAAACGUAGAAAAUGACAUGCUCAUAUGGAUUAAAUUCUAAAACUUCGUUAUGACAGAUAUUGAUUAGCGGAUAAUCAAAUUUAAAAAAAAAAAAAAAAGAAGAAAGUAUUGACUGGAGUUUUCUUUCCGACGGAUGGCUUAUCACUAGGAAACCGGAAAAAAAUAUCAGGGAGCGGUUUUAUUAUUAUUUUAAUUACCGUUCCAUCAUUGAUGUGCUGAUGUGAUGAAGGUUAAAUGUUUACCGUUCUACUGAAUAAACGGUAAUAUGGAGUAGAAAUCGAUCUGACAGUUCAUAAACUAAAGCCAAAUUCCAAUAGUGUUCCAAACCAUCGGAAGGUCUGCAGACUCGACCAAGUUCAGCUCUAGUUUGGAUUAUUCUGAUAAUUUUCUCGAUGUUGAAAAAAUUAAUGUAGGACGACAGUCUCCUGGGAAGGAAAUCAACAGCAUUGAAUGUAAGAGAAGAAGAAAAAAAAUUCGACAAAAAAAUUGUGUUCAGCUAAAGUGCAAAGAUGACACUGGACGAUACAACACGUUUAUUAAUGAGUCUAGGGGGACUUCCUGUAAGUGCCCCUCCCAUUAACAAUGCUUGUCUCCCCAACGUUUACAAUAAACUGGACGCAGAAGUCAAGAAAAAGACCAAAGUGGUCAAUGGACUUUUAGAUUACAGACUACAAGUGCAAUGUCGGAUGCUGGAAAAGUAUCGACGCGAUGUGGAAAAGGUUCACAAGAAAGAGAAGGCCAAAAUUCAACGGGAACUAAAGACGUUUGACAGAAAAUUACCUUAUAUGGAAGACAUGACUUAUCUGAAAAUUAAGCUUCCCACGAAGAGCGGCAAGGAGCAUGAUUACAAAACACAUGUUACGCAACCAAAACCUCUGAAAGGAAUUAUCAGUGAAAGAGAGGAUAAGCCUUUCUGUGACCGAUUCUUUCAUCACCAUGUUCCGGGUGUGCCAAAACUGGAAAAACAGCAGCCAUUUUUCACUUCUUCUUUGCAGUCUGUGAAAUCUGAGCAUCAGGAUGAUAUGGCUGUAUCUAGAAGAAACAGCAAAGUGUUGUUAUCUAAGCGGCUCAGCAUGAGCGAAACCUGCUUGUCCGCUCGAGGUGAUUUUGAGCGGUCGUUUAUCCUUACCAAAGAACCCACUCUUCUGAUCGAAGAUGAUGCAAUGACGAUUUAAAAUAUGUUGUUAAACGAUAUUGUUUUAAUUUCCUAUUUAUUUCAGUUUAUAUUUAUUUUGUUUUAUGCCCAGCAAAUCAUUGAUGAAUGUAGCAGCCAACCUCGGAUGAAAGACUUUUUUAAAUGAAAAACUACUGCAAUUUUUUUUUCUUCUAUCGAAUAGCUGUGAAUUUCUUCUCCUUUUAUUACCAUUAAGUUUGAAUUUGACUAAAAUGAAUGUUUAGCUGAAAACGAUGACACCGAAUCCAUUGAUUUUUUCCGAUGCAUUUCAGAUAAAUGGAGUCAAGUCAUUGUCAAAGGCGCGAACACACAUACAAUGAAUCCUGUAACAUUUCAGUAAACCUUUGAAGCAUGUAAUCAUGGUUUUUAUUCAGAAAAGGUUAGGUUGAAACCAUCAAAGAUUAGAUAAAAUAUUACACUGAGCUUUAUUGUUCGAUAAUGCCAUUCCAAAGUGCGCUUUGCAAUUCCAUUUCCUUACCAACUACUUUUGAUGAAAUGCGUAAAUAUUGUUUAUGAAUUACCUGCUUUGUUCUUUAAAUUUCAACGAGUCAAUUUGAAUGUACUUUUUUUUUUU